CGCGACCGCGACCGAGAUGAGGAGGCGCGGAGCCGCGAGCGCGCCCGCCUCGAGAAGCUAGCGGAGCGGGAGAGGGAGAAGGAGCUGGAUGCUAUCAAGGAGCAGUACCUGGGGUCCAAGAAGCCCAAGAAGCGGGUCAUCAAACCCAGCGAGAAGUUCCGUUUCUCCUUCGACUGGGAGAACACCGAGGACACCUCCCGCGACAUGAACGCCCUCUACCAGAACCCUCACGAGGCCCGGCUUCUCUUCGGCCGCGGCUUUAUCGCUGGCAUCGACCGCCGCGAGCAGAAGAAGCUCGCCGCCCGUCAGGAGAAGGAGACCCGCGAGGAGAUCCGCCUCAAGGAGGGCAUCGAGGAGCGGCCCGAGGAGGCCGCCGCACGACGCCAGAAGGAGGCUGCUGCAGACCUCUAUGAUGCCUUCGACAUGCGCGUCGACCGCCACUGGACCGAGAAGCAGCUCGACGAGAUGACCGAGCGCGACUGGCGUAUAUUCCGCGAGGAUUUCAACAUCUCCUACAAGGGUUCCCGCAUUCCCCGCCCGAUGCGGAGCUGGGUCGAGAGCAAGCUCAGCCCUGAGCUGUUGAAGGCUGUGGAGAAGGCUGGGUACAAGACACCAUCCCCCAUCCAGAUGGCCGCCAUCCCUCUCGGCCUUCAGCAACGCGAUGUGAUUGGGAUUGCCGAGACCGGAUCCGGUAAGACGGCCGCCUUUGUCCUCCCCAUGCUUACCUAUAUCACGAAGCUGCCGCCCAUGAGCGAGGAGAACGAGGCUGAGGGGCCCUACGCUGUGGUGAUGGCACCUACUCGUGAGCUCGCACAGCAGAUUGAGGAUGAGACGGUGAAGUUUGCACAUUAUCUGGGGAUCAAGGUGGUCUCCAUUGUUGGAGGUCAGUCCAUCGAGGAGCAGGGGUUUAAGCUGAGGCGGGGGUGCGAGGUUGUGAUCGCCACUCCGGGGCGUCUUCUGGAUUGUUUGGAGCGACGAUAUGCUGUCCUCAACCAGUGCAACUAUGUUGUUCUUGAUGAAGCUGAUCGGAUGAUUGACAUGGGGUUUGAACCGCAGGUUGUUGGUGUCUUGGAUGCAAUGCCUUCCAGCAAUCUGAAACCUGAGAAUGAGGAUGAAGAGCUUGAUGAGAAGAAGAUCUAUCGGACAACCUACAUGUUUAGUGCAACCAUGCCCCCAGCUGUGGAGCGCCUCGCUAGGAAGUACUUGAGGAACCCUGUCGUUGUGACAAUUGGCACAGCUGGGAAGACCACUGAUCUCAUUACCCAGCAUGUGAUCAUGGUGAAGGAGUCGGAGAAGAUGCCCAGGCUUGAAAAGCUGCUCGGUGACCUCGGUGAUAAGACGGCCAUUGUGUUCUGCAACACAAAGAAGACUGUGGAUGUAAAGGCCAAGGACUUGGACAGAUUGGGCUAUAGGGUGACAACAGUUCAUGGAGGGAAGUCGCAGGAGCAACGAGAGAUCAGCCUUGAGGGAUUCAGGAGCAGGCGAUUCAAUGUUCUUGUUGCGACGGAUGUGCUAGGUCGUGGGAUUGAUAUCCCGGAUGUUGCUCAUGUUAUUAAUUAUGAUAUGCCAACGUCGAUUGACAUGUACACUCAUCGCAUUGGAAGGACAGGGCGUGCUGGAAAGACAGGAGUUGCAACGACAUUUUUGACUCUUGGAGACACUGAAGUUUUCUAUGAUCUGAAACAGAUGCUUAUACAAAGCAACAGUCCAGUGCCACCAGAGCUGACCAGACAUGAGGCUUCAAAAUUCAAGCCAGGAACAAUUCCUGAUAGACCUCCAAGGCGAAAUGAUACUGUUUUUGCUCAUUGAUGGAAAUUGAGGGAAAUGGGACUCUGGAUCUCGAUGAUGGGCCAAAUAUCAGAUUUUUCUGCUGUUGGGAUACGGUGAUCUCACUCUUCUUGCUUUUAUGGCCAUUCAUGGUUCUCCUUUUGAUUGGGAGAAGGCAUUUAAAAUUGCUUGGUCCCAAGGAUGCAUCCCUAAUAUUUGGUCUGAGAGCCAGCUGACCGGGUACAAAUUUGACCUGGUCCAAAUACUUUAGCUUCGCUCGAUCUGUAUGAAAUCUAGAUGAGGGCGUGGCGCUGCAAAUAUGUCAAAUCGACACCGUGACAUGUUGCUGUGAAAAUAUGUUGGCUGAUUUAGUCGAUUUUGAGCCGUGGGAUCGGUAGACGUCCGGUUCUUUCUUCUUGCAUCGUAGAACUCGAACCGGGCUCGGAUCCGCCUGAUAAAAGAUCGGAAGCGGAUUAGAGCAAGCACGACCCGAAGCCCGUGGCCAUGGCGAAAUCGCGGGCGCCCUCCAAGAAAAAAGCGGUAUUUUCUUCUUCGGGUUUCUUUCUUGAUACUAUUGAUUCGAGAAUAGGAAGACGUUGAGCCAGAAGAGCCUGAGGAGCCAUCGGAAAACGGUUUUGUUACCGAAUUCGGUGAUCAAGAAGAGGAAUCUGGGCGGAGUGCUGCGGUGGUUUUAUCAGAAAACGGGGGAUCCUCUGGAGAAGGUGAGGAAGAUCGGGAAGACGAUGGAGAAAUUCGUUGGUCGGCAGAGGAGAGUGAUUCAUCUGACAACGAGGUUGUUCAAUAUGUCAGAGCCAUUCGCAAGGGACUGAUCAAGUUUGACAAACCAAAGGAAGAGCCCCGGUUUUAUUUAUUGUGGGGAGAUGAUUCUAGUGCAGCAGAAAACGAGAGGCAUGGUUUGAGUUAUAUUGCUGCACCGAAACCAAAAUUGGCAGGUCAUGAAGAGUCGUAUAAUCCUUCUGUAGAAUACAUCCCUACUCAAGAGUAGAUCAAUUCUUAUGAGCUUAUGUAUGAGGACCGUCCUAAAUUUAUUCCAAGGAGGUAUGAGUCUCUUAGGAGCGUACCUGCUUAUGAGAAUGCUCUUAAGGAUUUGAUCGAUGUUUGCACCUGUAUUUGUGCCCCAGAACUCACGAAAAAUGUAUCAACAUUGAUCCUGAGUCUCUAAAGCCCAAGCUACCUUCUAAGAAAGACUUGAAGCCUUAUCCCUUGACAUGUUAUCUUGAGUAUAGAGGCCACUCUGGUCCUGUCAAUUCAAUUUCAAUGGCAGUAUCAGGGCAGUGGAUAGCAUCUGGUUCAACUGAUGGAACAGUACGUGUUUGGGAGGCUGAAACUGGUCGUUGCCUUGGAGUCUGGGAUGUUGGUGAAGCUCUGCAGCAUGUUGCAUGGAAUCUUUUGCCUGAGCUUCCUAUCUUGGCAGUGUCUGCGGGGCAUGAGGUGCAUCUGUUGAACACAGGACUGGGAGAUGCAGAAGGAAAGAUGAGGAUUAAAGGACUCUUCCAUGUUGAGGAAUCGAUAUUAACAGAUGAUGCUGGUUAAUUAAUUAGUUACCUAUGACAUCUCUUGCUUCUUAUGUAAAUUUCUUCAUAUCAGACUUAAUGCUUCAGGAAAUAGCACCUCUGUUGUGAGUUGGGUUCGACAUGAAAAGCAUGAUGGCAUCAUGUUGACGCAUCUUAAGUAUUGAUACACCAACUAUCCAAGAAGCAUACAGCAAAUGACUUCAAGAAGUUGGGUGCACCUCCAGUUUCAGCAGUUUUCCAUCCAACAUGCCCCUUUUUCUUCAUCUCAACAAAGAGAAAGAUUUGUGUUUAUGAUCUUUCAAAAAUAAACUAAUUAAAAAGCUUGAACCUGGUCUUCGUGAGGUUUCCUCCAUUGCUAUUCAUCCUGGAGGUGAUAACGUAAUUGUGGGGAGCAAAGAAGGAAAAAUGUGUUGGUUUGAUAUGGGCCUGUCAUCUCAACCAUACAAAAGAUUGCCGUGUACUUGAUUGCAAGUUCCAUCCUAGGCAGCCAUGGUUGUUCACUGCUGGUGCCGACUCAGUGAUCAAGCUUUAUUGUGAUUAAGAUCCAAUUAAACAAUGCAAGGCCCUAGAGGAAAGUGCAGAAGGAUAUCUUGGGUAAAAAUUGAUUACAAAUCAAUUUACUUUUGCCGGGGUACACAAGAAGCUCCUUUCAGGAAGAUGUUGGCUGCUGAGGUCAGUGGAGGCUAAUAGGCAUGCUAUGUUUGAUGUUCAUUAUCAUGUGUAUCAUAUUAUUUCAUGUUUUUAUCUAGUUCCAGGCUGACCAUGUCUAAAAAAAAAAAAAAAAAGACUUUUUUUUUGGGGGUGUUAUUUUGGAUGUUGUGGAGCAACGUCAUCACCCUCCACAACCGUAAUGCAAGUCAAAAAGCUUCUGUUUUUCCG